AUGGGCGAGCUACGGUCUACCACUGUCGUAGCCGACGAAAAGGCCAGCAACCUCGAUGCGUCUUCAAUCGACUCUGGCGCCGUCGCCAACCCUCAGGUCGUCGAGACGAUAUUCAUCGAUCCUGACGAAGAAAAGGCCGUUCUUCGCAAAUUUGACAAAUGGGUUCUGCCCCAGGCUUUUGUCUUCAUUCUCCUCAACUACCUGGACAGAUCCAACCUCGGCAACGCUCGCGUCUUUGGCUUUGAAGAGGACAUUGGCCUUGUCGACAACCAGUUUGGCAACCUCGUCACCCUCUUCUUCGUCCCCUACAUCAUCACCGAGGUGUUUUGGGUCACAGCUGUCAAGCGUUUCGGCCCCAACUAUGUCAUCACUGUCGCCUUGUUUGGGUGGUGCAUCGCCACUAUUGCCACGGGCUUCGUGCAGAACUACGGCCAGGCCCUCGCGUGCCGCAUGCUCCUUGGGCUGUUUGAAGCCGGCGUAGCCCCUGCUUUCACCUUCAUCUUCUCCACCAUCUACGACCGCGAAUCUACGGCCAAGCGCGUUGCGCUCAUCAACCUGGCUAAUGCCACGUCGGGUGCCUUUGGGGGCAUGUUUGCGUAUGCCAUCCAGACCAUGGGCACCCGCCGUGGCCUCGAAGCAUGGCGCUGGCUCUUCAUCAUCGAGGGUUCCAUCUCCCUCGCCAUCUGCGGCGGCUGUCUCUGGUCCUUCCCCAACAAGCCCGAGACGGCCUGGUUCCUGAAUGAAGACGAAAAGGCCCUCAUGUGCCGUCGCAAGCAGCGCGAUGCCAUUUACAAGGGCGACGACAAAUUUGACUGGAAGUGGGUGCGCCUCGCCGUGUCGGACCCCUUUAUCUACGUUGCUUCCAUGGCGUUUUUCACCUCGAGCGUCGCCAUUUUCGGGUACGGCACCUUCCUGCCGACUCUCAUUCGCGGCUUUGGCUACAACGCCUUCGAGGCCAACUACCUGACCAUUCCCGUGUACGCCCUCGGCGCCAUUUCUCUCGCCACGCAGGCCUACUGGUCCGACCGUCUCAAGAAGCGUGCGCUGUUCCUUCUCGUCUCCGCCUGUCCAGUUAUUGCCGCCUACCUUAUCUGCAUCGGCACGCCGAACCGCGUGGCCGGUUACGUGGCCAUGUUCAUCCUGGUCACGGGCGUCUACUCCUUCUCGUGUCUCAUGAUGACCUGGGUCGCGACCAACCUCGUGCCGGACUACAAGCGAUCCGUCGGUCUGCCCAUCUUCGCGAGCAUUGGCAACUGCAGCGGUCUCGUCGCCGGGCAGCUGUACCCCAAGUCGCAGUCGCCGCGGUACGUCGUGGGCAACUCGAUCUCCGCGGGACUCGAGGCCGUGGCGGCCAUCUUUGUCGCCCUAACCUGGCUGCUUCUGAGGCGUCGUAACCAGCAAAAGGACAAGUUGAUUGCCGAGGGUGCGACGAGCAACGGAAUGGAGGGCGACAGGGGGCUGGACUUCAAGUACGACCUGUGA